UACUUAUGGGAUGUGUGUGGUUGAAUUGUUGAUCGAAUUUUUAAAAUAAUUGGCUUCAUUUAUCAAGAAUCUUUGAAUUUUAGUGUGCUUAUUAUCUUAGUCUUGUCAGCAAUCAAGUUGCAGCACAGAACAAUACAAAUUAGUUAGUCAAAAAUGAAUUCAGCGACUCCAGUCGUGCCGCAGGUGCCGCUGCUGGACGACGACACCAUCGCCUUCGGUGAAGAGGACAAUGCCAACAAGCAGUUCGUGCAUCCAUACAUAGUGUUCUUCCACCUAAUAUUCCGAGGUGCUGCCAUAGUGGUGUACAUUCUCUGUGGUUGGUUCUCAGACUCCUUCAUCGCUAGCUUCGUUUUGGUGGUGCUCCUUCUGUCUGCAGACUUCUGGACUGUUAAAAAUAUCAGUGGCAGACUUCUGGUCGGGCUGCGGUGGUGGAACUACGUAGACGACGAUGGAAAAUCACACUGGGUCUUUGAAUCCAAACAGAGUCGCAUCAACCGCAACGAGAGUCGCUUGUUCUGGAUGGGGCUCAUCCUGUGUCCCAUGAUCUGGUCGGGCUUCUUCAUCAUUUGUCUGUUUGGACUCAAGUUCAAGUGGAUGCUAUUGGUGCUCAUAGCGUUGACGCUAACCGGCGCGAAUCUAUACGGCUACGUGAAGUGCAAGUUCGGCGCCAAACAGAACCUCCAGUCGGCGACCACGGAGUUUGUGAAGAAGCAGCUGCUCCAGAACGCGUCCUCCUUCAUGUUCGCGCAGCCCACGCCGCCCAGCGCUGGGAACGCGGGCGUGGUAUAGGUGCACUAAGAUAUUAUAUAUGGCGCAGCGAAAUGGCAUAAGCCGGGAGUUAACCAACUCCCUUAGUGAUAUGGCCAACGCCCGGGAGAUGUUAAAACGACUGCGGCCGGGCACAUGAAUAUUUAUGUUCUAAUCAAUGUAAUCUAAAGUUUGGUUAGGUUAGAAGAUUCAUGUGCCCGGCCUAAAUAUUAUCUUAACACUAUUAGAUGAUAUCAGUAGAUUUGUUUAUUGAAAUAGUCUAAUUGAGUUGUUAUUUUAACAUAUCCCGGGCGUUAGCCAUAUCACUAAGAGAGUUACUAUGAGGUCUCACAGUAAGCUCGAACGCAUAGUGUAGGUUCCACCAAUCAGAUCA